CACACUUGUGACAUUGUCGUAUUUGUAUACGUGUAAGCGUGUAACGUAGCUGAAAUUAUAAAUUUGUUAUCUGUGCUGUUAUUUUGUAGUAAAAAAAAAACUCAAAAUGCCAAAAUGGCUGAAUUAAAGUUUGCAUUGUAAUAUUUUUAGAAUUUGCUUACUAAACAGAAGAAAAAAUAAAAAAUACUUAUCUGUUAAAAUAGGUGAAAUACUAAUUAUGAUAGUUUCAGUUUAUAUCUUACAUUAAUAACCCGUACCCUUUGUCUUAAUAAUGAGUGACAAUACCAACGAGUCGACCGAAGUGUCUGAGAAGCCGGUUCAAGAAAACGAUGAUGUUAAAUUCCCGCCCUUCCCUGAUCCAACUGAUGAAGACUUUGAAGAUGACAUACCAGAGGAGGAGCGAAUUUACUAUAAAAAUAAAUUCAAAGACUUGAAUACAAUAACAAGUGCAAGAUUACACUGUUCUGCUUGUGAUCGACAUUUGGGAUGCUCAGCACGCAACGAAAGUCGAAUGCGUCCACAUCCUAUGCUUCGCACCCUAGUGUGUAAUUCUUGUCACACAUUUUACAAUAGUGGAGAGUUUGAAAAAGGUGAUGAUGGUUCAGAACUGUAUUGUCGCUGGUGUGGACAGGGAGGGCAAGUCUAUUGCUGUUCAGACUGUCCACACGUUUUUUGUGCAAAAUGUAUAAGAAGAAAUUUAGGUAAUCCUAAAAUAAAAGAAAUAGAAGAAUUGGAUGAUUGGAAAUGUUUUAAAUGUAAUAAUAAAUGUUUAUGGGAUCUUCGUGCCAUUUGUUGGGCUGCUAUUCGUUACUGCGACUUAAAAAACAAAAUUACAUAUGAAACUCAGGAUUUGGUUUUAAAGGAAGCAUAUCAAAAAAACUGUGCUCAAGAUCAUUCUGAAUGUUGUAAGAAUAAAACGAGAAAAAAAGAAUCAAAAAAGAAGGAAGCAGAAUCUACUCCAACAACAAGAAAAUCAAUUACUACUUCUUUGAUUUCUAAAAUACCACCAACUAUACAAGUAAAGAAAUUUGCUUCAAUAAAUAUGGAAGAAGCUCUGAGUAUAAAAUCAGAAAAGAAACCACAAAAACGCCCAUUAAGUCCUAAACCAAAAACUAUAUUGAUCAAGAACCCUAUUGCAAUAUCAUCCAAGAUGGUUAGUCAGAUGGGACCGAUGCCUAAAAAGAUAAGAAUACAAAACUCUACAGUGUUAAAUCCAGUUCGAUUUAACAAUGAUAAAAAUAUAUCAAAGACGUACAAUAACUGUUCAAGAAUACGACCUAAGGCGCCAGUGCCUAUCAUGUACAAUGGUUACAACAAUGCACCCACAUUCGUCAGUGACAAUAUUAAUUUAUCAAUUGAAAGUCUAACACAGGGUUUGGACAUGUCGGCUGUUGCAGCGAUUGCAGGCAGUUCUAACGAUGAUGAUGUUGUUUGCACACCAGAUUUCCCUCUCGAACCAUUAUGCGAGGUAACAGAAGACAAUGGUGACGAUGAUGUUCAAUGCAUGACACCCAGUCCGGUCAUUCCACCAAAGGUAGCUCCUCCGCCGCUAAUAGUACGUAAUAAUAAUUCGCUACCAGACUUAAGUCCAGAAAACAUCGUGCAGAUGACGGAAAACGAUGUCACAGUCAAUAUGACUACAGGUGGCCUAAAGUUCCGAGUGGAUCCGCAAACAUUGUCAUCUAACAAAAUGUAUCGCCUUCCUGAUGGGCGCAUAUUUGCAAUAAAUGCAAAUCCUAGUAUGCCAGGAGGAUAUUCGGCUACGAUUGUCGCUUUAACGGACAAUAACUCGACAAAAGUCACGUCUAAGGGUACUACAUUUGCUGCAAAACUAAGUGCAGUGUCUGCACAAACUGCAACACCCCCUCCAUUAAAAUAUGCUAGUCGCAAUCAAACGAGUCGCUGUCCAAAUAAACGCUCUACUCCUAAAUCUGUUAAAGUCAACCGUGGAACUGAUACAUCUAGAAUUUGUGACUUAAAUGUUCCUGUGGAAUGGUAUCGCUACAAUUUGAUAGAUGCUAUUGAUGCUUUAGAGUAUUCUUUGUCUAGAUUACAUCAAUUGAAAAUAAAUGCCACCACCAUGCACUUACGAACUCGUUCCUUGAAUGAAAUGAGAAACUUACAUCGGUCGUUGGAGCAAUCGCUGAAUACGUCGAUGACAAGAUUUAAGGAAAUACGUGAUAAUUUGAAUAAAGAGUUUAAACAAUAUAUUACGAAAAAAACUAGCAGCAACAUCAGCGAUGACGACGACGUCGAAAUAUUACAUGAGGAUGAAAAUGACGAUCCAAUUUUCAUUGAUGAAAAUUCACUCGAAUCUAACGCACACGAUAACCAGGAGGUUGACUUAACGGCUGUAGGAAGCAGUGACUUUAACGACAGUAAUGAAAGAUCGUCAGAUAAAAAUGAAGUAUCAAGAAAUGAACCUGAUAAUUUGAACCCUGAUGAUAGUACCUUCUUGAAAAUUAAUGAGAUUGUAGCAGCUCACAAUUUAGACAGUAAACAAAAUGAUAUUCGAGAAUAUGAAAAUGUAAAUGAUAGUGUUUGCAAUACGUUGGAAAAAAAACUGGGUGUUAAGAAAUUUAGUGAAAGUCAGCAAAAAGAACCAAAAGAAAAUGGAAAUGAUCAGAAAUGUGACAAAGAAUCUUUGAACAAUAUUGUUUGUGAGACAGACAAGAACUCCAGUAACACUGAUAACAUUAAAAAAAUAGAUGAGGAUAUCUUAAGUGAAAAUGUACCUUCUUUGGUAAAUGACAGAAAGGGUCAAGACUCUGAAAUGAGUGAGGAAAUGAUAGAAAAUUUAUUAAAAGACGAUAAUACAGGCAAUGAUAACGAAACUCAAAACACUCAUUCAUUGGAUAUUAAAGAUAAAGUAUGUGAUGAUCUAACUUCUGAAAAAGAUUAAAUACAUUAUAGAAAUAAGUUAAAUGCACAUGAGGUAACUCCUAUAGUUUAUAAGCUAAUUGUGGGGAUAAUUAAGAAUAUUAAUACAUUUAAUAUUAAUAAAAAUCAUAAAAGUACUAUUUCAUUGUCUAUCUUUUAAGUAAAUAAUUAAGUAGAAAAAAUUGGGAGUUUUGUUACUGUAAAUGCUUUUGUAGGUACUUCUAUAACUUCAAUUGUCUUUUUAUAAUUAUAGUUGAGAAUUAUAACAAUAGUUGAGAAGA